AUGAUAUGGAAGAGGAAUAAGACAGAUGAGACGUCUGCCAGGAUUCUUGCCAUCAUCUUCGAGUACGCCCUCGACAAGUUUGACAAUUCCAAGGACCUGCAUGCUGCCGGUAUGACCAAGUUUUUGUCCGUCAUCAAUGGUUUCGUCACAGCAGAUAAGCCGAUUGAUAUGUGUCUCCCGGCAUUUCCGUUCAAGUCGGCCAAUAAAGCGGACAAAGUCCUCGGCUCCCUGCCAGACAAGGCCGAGGAGCUAGCCCUCCAGCGGCUUAACGCCAUCUGUCUACGGAUACGAGAUAUAUACAGUCCGGGUGCUAGGAUUACUAUUAUUUCAGACGGUCUGGUCUACAACGACUUACUAUGUAUCCCAGACCGCGAUACGUGGGCCUACGGCGAGGCUCUACGGGCUAUAGCUGUCAAGCAAAGCUUUAACCGGAUUAACUUCUCCUGCCUCAAAGAGCUCCUUGAAUUUCCCCUUUCUGAGCGGAUGAGCGAGAUUGUCUACAUUGCCAAUGCGACCAACCUUCGCCGGUAUCUUCUAAAUAAAUAUGGUAAAGAGGACCUUGACAUCAACUACGAGAUUGCCACACAGCCUGAUACCCUGAUGACCUAUUGUGGAUAUAGGAGGUUUCUUGAAUCAGACUUGCAACACAUCUUCCCAACCGGCAAGAAUAGGUCUCAUAACAGCUAUAAGCGAGACAUCAAGUACCUCGCUAGGGAAAUGAUGAUCCGCGGAUAUGCUUUUGCUGGCGCUAUCAAGGCUGCUUUCCCCAACCAUCUCCGCCUGUCUAUCCAUCAUUCCACAGGCGAGCAUAAGGUGUCUUUGAGUUUGCUACACACCGAGACGGGCUAUACGACGCCGUGGCACUGCUGCGUCGCGCUCAUGGCCAAUGGGGAAUGGCUGAGCGCCCCUAUUAGCACAUUCAAAGAUGACCCAUAUUUUGAUGUUAUUUUUGAGGAUGGACGGCCUAGUUAUUUCCGUGAGAAGCUGUAUCGGGAUGAGGAUAGAAAGUAG